AUCCGCUCUGCUACCAGCAUGCCCACCCAGCUGGAGAUGGCCAUGGACACGAUGAUUCGGAUCUUCCACCGCUACUCUUGCAAAGAGGGGGACAGGUUCAAGCUGAACAAAGGGGAACUGAAGAUGUUAUUACAGCGGGAGCUCACAGAAUUCCUCACGUGCCAAAAGGACCCCCAGUUGGUGGAUAAGAUAAUGCAGGACCUGGACGCCAACAAGGACAACGAAGUGGAUUUUAAUGAAUUUGUGGUCAUGGUGGCGGCUCUGACCGUUGCUUGUAACGAUUACUUUGUGGAGCAGCUGAAGAAGAAAGACAAGCAGGCUGACGCAAGACAGAAAUAGAUGCAGAGUUCUGUGCCUGCUGUGAGUCUAUAUCCUUCCCAUUCCUAGACACAGUGAUAUGACUUAUAGAUGUUAUAUGUGUAUGCUUAUUAGCAUUAAGUAAG